AUGAUCUCCCGCCAAACUUGGAACAUCAUCGGAUCACCAGCUCUGGAACCGACGCCGCUCUCGCUCAAGACGGCUGAUGGCUCGCCUAUGACAGUUCAAGGACGCUUCAACGCGAAGUUCAACAUCUUCGACGCUCGUCAUCGUUCUACCACUGGCUCCGGACCAUGCUACGUCACCGAGAAGACCCACUUGCUCGGACUGGAUUGGCUCAUCGCGAUCCCGCAGUAUCGACAUCUUCGAAAGGAGCUGAGCUGCCGCAUGACGACGACCUGCCAGAACCGAGAAGAAACCGUCGCUAAACUUCGCCAGAAGUACGCCUCCGUCUUCGAAGAAGGGCUCGGACGUUGCACCAAGACCAAGGCCAAGCUGUUCCUGAAACCUGAAAGCCGACCCGUCUACAUCAAGAAGCGACCACUCCCAUACGCCUCUCAGCCUGCGAUCGACGCCGAAAUCGAUCGACUCGUCAACGAAGGAGUCUUAUCGUCAAUCGACUACUCGCAGUGGGCUGCGCCGAUCGUCGCCGUCAAAGAAAAGCCAACGGAACCAUCCGAAUGUGUGCUGACUUCUCGACUGGACUCAACGACGCGCUGA